CUUAGGGCCCUGCGAGCCCAGCCCGGCCGGGCGGCGGCGCGGGGAGCGGCUGCACCCGCCAAACUUCGGGCGCCGGCGCGCGCGAGCCCCGGGGCGCGGCCGGGAUGGGGGCGGUGCGCCCGGGCGCCCCGGACCGCUCCGUGCGCCGGGCCACCCGGCGGGGGGCCUCCGCGCCGCCUCCGCCCGCGCCCCGGGCGCCGCAGCCCUGCCGCCCCGCCGCCUGCGCCCACUAGCCCUCCCGGAUCCGCCCGCCCGGAGCCCACUGCGCCCGCGCGCUCCUGGAAGCGCCCUUUUUGGGCCACCUGGGGGCCAGUCCUCGCUCAGGUCAACAGGAAAGAAACAAAUCCGCGUGGAUUAAAAUAAAAAUAUCCCGGUGGGGGUGAAAGGGAGGUGGGGUUUGCCUGCGCGCGCGUUGGACUCCGGGGAGCAACUCCAGAGCGGCGCGUGGCCGUCACCUCCCGGCCGGGCCAUGGACUGGCGGGAGGAGGGCGCAGGGCCCCAUCGCUGUUCGCGCCCCUAGCCGCGCGCUCCUUCGCCAUCCAGCCCCGCUCCGGCCCGCCAGGGGCUUGGCGACUGAGUCUUCUUCGCCCAGACUGCGCCGGGGAGCAGAGGAUCUGCGCUCCGGUCUCCAGGAUGUGCCCGUCUGAGAUGGGGACGCUGUGGCACCAUUGGUCCCCCGUGCUGAUCAGCCUGGCCGCCCUGUUCUCCAAAGUAACCGAAAGCCGGGGGAUCCUCGAGAGCAUCCAGAGGUUUUCUUUGCUGCCCACCUACCUCCCCGUGACGUACCACAUCAACAACGCAGAUGUGUCCUUCUUCCUGAAGGAAGCCAACCAGGACAUCAUGAGAAACUCCAGCCUGCAGUCCCGUGUGGAGUCCUUUCUGAUUUACAAAUCCAAGAGGCUCCCGGUGCUGAAUGCCAGCUAUGGGCCUUUCUCCAUCGAGCAGGUGGUGCCCCAGGAUUUAAUGCUGCCUUCCAACCCAUUUGGAUUCACCAACAAGUUUUCUCUCAACUGGAAACUGAAGGCCUCCGUCCUGCGGGACGAGAUCUACCUGAGCCGGCCCAGGGUGCAGGUCCUGUUCCACGUCGUGGGCAGAGACUGGGACGAGCACAGCCCCGCCGAGAAGCUGCCCUGCCUGCGGGUCUUCGCUUUCCGGGAGACCCGCGAGGUGAGGGGCGGCUGCCGGCUGCAGGGGGACCUGGGGCUGUGCGUGGCCGAGCUGGAGCUGCUGGCUAGCUGGUUCAGCCCCCCCACGGUGGUGGCCGGGAGGAAGAAGUCGGGGGACCGGCAGGAGGGGAGCCCCGUGGAGCUCUACUACACCGUGCAGCCCGGGGACGGGCGAGGAGACUGUGUCAAGGAGGAUUCGACGAAAAGCGGUGGGAUGCGGACAGGCCACAACGACCUUGAUGAGUCGGGGCCUCCGUUGCAGAGGAUUGGGAGUGUUUUUCUCUACCAGAGCCGCGGCAGGCCUCCGCUGAGGGAGCUGCGUCUGGAUAACAACGUGGCCGUCCGUUACAUGCCAAAGACGGUGAGACAAGGAGAGGUGCUGACUUUUCCAGUCGCCAUCUCCAAAAACUCCACUGAGGAUCACUUCACACUGAGGGCCAAGGUGAAGAAAGGCGUGAACAUCGUUGGGGUGAGAGCCAGCAGCCCUUCCAUUUGGGAUGUCAGGGAGAGCACAGAUUAUACUGGGAAGUAUGCACCAGCUGUCAUCCUUUGUCAGAAGAAAUCUACUGGCUCGGAAAACAGUGUGGAUGGCGCCUCCUAUGAAGUCAUGCAGAUCGACGUAGAAAUCGAAGAGCCCAGUGACAUGCCCACCACACAGCUCGUCACAUGGCAGGUUGAAUAUCCAGGAGACAUCACUUCUGACUUGGGUGUAUCCAAGAUCUACGUGAGCCAAAAGGACUUGAUCGCUGUCAUACCUCUGGCCAUGGAGGCAGAAAUUCUGAACACAGCCAUCCUCACUGGGAAGACGGUGGCCGUCCCUGUGAAGGUGGUCUCUGUGGAAGAGGAUGGCACUGUGACGGAUCUGCUGAAGUCCGUGGAGUGCAGAUCGUCUGAUGAAGACGUAAUUAAGGUUUCUGACAGAUGUGACUACGUCUUUGUCAACGGGAAAGAAAUGAAGGGCAAGGUGAACGUGGUGGUGAACUUCACCUACCAGCACCUGAGCAGUCCCCUGGAGCUCACAGUGUGGGUGCCCCGGCUCCCGCUGCAGAUCGAGGUCUCCGACACCGAGCUCAAUCAGAUCAAGGGCUGGCGAGUGCCCAUCGUCUCCAGCAAAAGGCCAGCUCGGGACAGCGAGGAAGAGGACGAAGACGAGAGGAGGGGCCGAGGCUGCGCGCUCCAGUACCAGCAUGCCAUGGUGCGGGUCUUAACACAGUUUGUGGCCGAGGCGGCUGAGCCCGGGGGGCACCUGGCCCACCUGCUGGGCUCAGACUGGCAGGUGGACAUCACGGAGCUGGUAAAUGACUUCAUGCAGGUGGAGGAGCCCCGCAUCGCCAAGCUGCAAGGGGGACAAAUCCUGACCGGCCAGGAGCUGGGGAUGACCACCCUUCAGAUCCUGUCGCCUCUGUCGGAUGCCAUCUUGGCUGAAAAGACCAUCACCGUGCUGGAUGAGAAGGUAACAAUCACAGACCUCGGGGUCCAGCUAGUGACAGGGCUGUCACUCUCCUUGCAGCUCAGCCCAGGGAGCAACAGAGCCAUCUUCGCCACGGCGGUGGCUCAGGAACUUCUGCAAAGGCCCAAACAGGAAGCAGCCAUCAGUUGCUGGGUCCAGUUCAGUGAUGGCUCUGUCACUCCCUUGGAUAUUUACGAUGGGAAAGACUUCUCCUUGAUGGCCACAUCCCUGGAUGAGAAGGUGGUCUCCAUCCACCAAGACCCCAAAUUCAAGUGGCCUGUAAUCGCUGCGGAAACCGAAGGACACGGUGCUCUGGUAAAGGUCGAGAUGGUUAUUAGUGAAUCUUGCCAGAAAUCCAAGCGGAAGAGUGUGCUUGCUGUGGGAACAGCCAACAUCAAAGUCAAAUUUGGCCAAAGUGAUGCUAGCCCCAACACCAGUGACAGCAGACGCAUGGGGGCAGGAGUUCACCUGGAGAAUAAUGUCAAUGACAGAAGACCCAAAAGACCCUUGCAAGAAUGGAGGAGUCAAGAGGGUCAGUACUACAGCAGUUCCUCCAUGGGCCUCAUGGAAGGAAGAGGCUCCACAACAGAAAGGUCAACCUUCCAGAAGAGCAAUGGCCAGGAAAGCCUUUUAGAUGAUGACAGUGGUUUGCAGACCAUCCCCGUUGACCUCACCAGUUUCCCUGCCCAGGUGGAUCUCCCCAGAAGCAAUGGGGAAAUGGAUGAGAAUGACCUCACGCAGGCAUUCAAAGGGCUGAGCGACCUGGAAAUUGGGAUGUACGCUCUGUUGGGUGUCUUCUGCCUGGCCAUUUUGGUCUUCCUAAUAAACUGUGUGACCUUUGCAUUGAAGUACAGGCACAAACAGCUUCCCUUCGAAGAGCAAGAAGGGAUGAGUCACUCCCAUGACUGGGUGGGGUUGAGCCACCGGACAGAACUGUUGGAGAAUCACAUUAACUUUGCAUCCUCUCAAGAUGAGCAGAUCACCGCCAUUGACAGGGGUAUGGAUUUCGAAGAAAGUAAGUAUCUCCUCAGCACAAGCUCCCAAAAGAGCAUCAAUGGGCAGCUGUUCAAGUCUUCAGGACCCAUAGUCGAUGAUGGGAAGGAUCAGAAAAGUGAGCCCCCAUCAUCCCCUACCUCAAAAAGGAAAAGAGUGAAAUUUACCACCUUCACCACCAUCUCCACGGACGACGGAUGCCCCGCCGUGAACCCCAUAGUGACGAGCGGUGAGGCUAAUAUGAACUGGGCCUGCCAGGAUCUGGACCCCGGGGAGUGCAAAGAGCUCCACACCUACAUGGAAAGGUUACACGAAGACGUGUAAGCCGGACACUCGCUGACACUCACUCACCUUUCAGCCUUUAAUUUGAGGAUGUGUGACAACGGUGCCCCCGGGGCAGAAAAGGAAUGACAGGACAAGAUGAGGGUGACCCUGCCAACAGAGCCCCAGAAAACGGCCCUGGCACAGCUGGGGAGGCCCCGAGUAGGAUUUGAUGCUCACGUUCCAGCAUACAAUGUCUUGGUCAACGUUAAGAGGUUUAUCAUGCAUGGCAAGAUUUUUAAACCUUGGAAGAAAAAUUAAUUCUGAAUCACUGAGCUUCUGAGAGGUUCCAGGAAAGAAUAGUCCCUCUCUCUCUUUAGUCAAAGCAAUUUGGAUGUUGUAAGAUCCACAUGGAUCCCGUGUUCCAUAUUGCAGACGGCAGAAGGAAAGCUUGACUUAGGUUGAGUGUAAGUGGAUCAAUGGGAGGAAGUGUGUCAUUUGAGUUGGAGCAACGCAUCUCGCUGUGAGCGUGAUGAGAGGCAGAGUCUAGCGCCCCAGUCGGCUCCUGGGAAGCAUGGCUGUGAGUCAUCAUCCCCCAAAGAUUGGGUGAAAGUAGGCUGGGUUGUUGAGAGACCAGGGCCAUUGCUGACAAGGACUGAGAGAGAACAAGUGGGCAAACAGGCCACCAAUAUCUUUGUAACCAGACACCAAGAACAAACAAACAAACACACCCUCUGAGCGACUCAGAGCAUCCCUUUAUUUGUAAACUAGGGACAUGGGACGUAGAAUUUCAAUCAGGUUCAAAGAACCAGGCUUUUCUUUUUUUUAGCAAGUUCUCUAUGUUCAGAUUUGUACUUCUCCACUGCAUUGCCAGCUUUCCAAAAGUCGUUGGUCACCUGUGGGCAGCGGGGGGCAGUCUCCAGCACUCACUGAGUCUCUUUCUUCCCCCAUGGGCUUUGUGUCAACAACCAGGGGACGUUCUAUAGAGAAGGCCCCCCUGGGUGGACUCCACACACCAUCCCUCCUAGAAGAGGCUCAUCUUUGAGGGUAAGUGGUACCACAUGGAACUCAACACCAAGUG